AUGUCUGCAAAAGAUGAAGUGAAAAGAACAACUUGGGAAAAUGAUAUUCAAUGGCAAGCUAGGAGAUUCUUUAUCGAAAAACAUAGAGGGAGCGUUCCCCUUGAACAAUUAGAUGCGAUGUCAAUGGUUUGGGCAAAUAUGAAAUUUCUUGGUUGCAGGUAUCCGAAAGCUACAGAAGAGAAGUUAGAAAUGUUAGAGGCUACUUGCGUAGAUACCUUAAAUAUUCCUACUGAAACGAAAAAACGAAAGAAAAUCGGGGAGAAAGCCAUCAUUGAGGGAUUUGUACUGUAUGUACGGGAUUCAAGUGGUUUUCCAGAAAAUGCAAUUAGUUUGCUUCAUCGGAAUGCACAACGAGCACACAAAUCCAUCGAAUUUCUUGAGUUAGAGGCAAAAGAUGACCUUUUCAGUUGUGCUGUUGUCAUUGGGGGCAUACAGAUCGCCAUGGGACAAGCAAAAACAAAAAAAGAAGCGAAACGCAACUGUGCGGAUAAAGCAGUGGAAAAAUUGCGAGCAAGUCAGCCAGUUGUUGAUGAGAUUUUGUCUCACAAGAAAGCACAAGUCAUUGAGAAGGAAGAGUUAUUCAAAGUAGAAGCGACUCCUGAAUGCCUACCGUCGGCGGAAGAAGUGAAAAACGACGAUUGUAAAAGGGAAGUUUUAAAUAAAAUACCCGACCGUAUGAUCAAUGAUAAUAAGCUAUCAAAGAGAAAAAGAGAAAACAAGACAGACACGUCAAAUACGGAUCAAUCGCGCAAGAAAGUUUAUGGCAAGAUGGACAAGAAUUAUACCUUAAGAAAUAAAGUUAGUUUUGUGAAAGAGAACAUGACAUUGGUUAAAAGAGAUGGUGUUGCGACUGAGAAGAUUGUAGACAAUAUUGAUCUAUCCAAUCAAAAUGUUGAUGUCAUAGUAGAUCAAAAUCAUUCAAUGAGCAAGAGAGAUUGCAUCAAGAAUGAACUUUCAAGUAUGACAGAUUUUGUUACAUUAGACAAGAAAAAUUUAUCAAACAAGAAAGGUAGCUUCACAAUAGACAAGAUUGACCUAUCAAAUCAAAAGGGUGAUAUUAACUCAUUGCAAAAGAAAGACAACUUGGAAAAUGAACAUUCACAUAAAAACAAUACCAUCACAUUGAACAAGAAAAAUCUAUCAAAUCAGAAAGAUAGCUCUGUGAAGAAGACUGAUCCAGUGAACACAAGAAACAGUAUUGUUACUGUUAAGAACGAACAUUCACAAGAGAGAGAUACCUUCAUAUUGGACAAGAAAAAUCUGUCAAAUCACAAAGAUAGUUUCACGGAAACUGCUGAUCCACUCAACAUGAAAGAUAGCAUCAUUGCUGUGAAGAAUGAAUUUUCACGUAAGAAAGAUAUUGUUAUAUUGGACAAGAAAAAUCUGUCAAAUCACAAAGAUAGUUUUACGGAAACUAUUGAUCCACUCAACAUGAAAGAUAGCAUCAUUACUGUGAAGAACGAAUUUUCACAUAAGAAAGAUAAUGUUAUAUUGGACAAGAAAAAUCUGUCAAAUCAGGAAAAUAAUUUCAUGGGAAAGACUGAUCCACUGAACAAAAAAGAUUGCUUGCUAACUAACAAGAAUAACCUGCCAAUUAAGAGAGCUAGUUCAUCAUAUAAUGUCACUGAAAAUAAGAAGUUAUGCAAAAGAAACUCUUCCACAGAUCUGCCAGAAUGCAUCAAUCAUAACAUUUCAAACACCAAAGACUUAAAAGAUAUGAGAAUGCAAGAUCUGUUUCCAAGCUAUAUAAAACUUAAAGAUGGCAAUACAAUGACUGAAGCCCCACUUUCAGUUCAACUAAAACUAAGUGAGGAUAUCAUGUCCCUUAUCUGUGAUUUUUUAAAAAGUGAUGAUGUUGAAAUUGAAAUUGUUAAGCAGAUAACAAGUCAGGAAAGAAUGUAUAUGUUUAUAAUUUGUGAUUGGUAUGGUCUUAAUUUCAUGCUCAUUUCUAAAGGAGACAAAAGGAUUAUUACUAUUCGUAAAUAAUAAAUGUAAAAUGGACAAGACUUAUUAGACUGUUGAAGGAAUAAGAUAACCAUGUUUGUAUUUAUUAUAAAGUUUAUUGAUAAAAUAAAGUUUGUUUAAAUUGUGUCCUCAA